AUGGCUGGUCAGACCCACGUUACAGUUGGCAUUGUUGGAGGCGGUCCUGCCGGACUGACUCUCGCCCGAAUGCUCGAAUUAUGUGGCAUAUCCUACACUCUCCUCGAAGCCUACAGUGAUUUCGCGCCGAAUUCGGGUGCCAGUCUUGGUCUCAACUACAGCGGACUUCGAAUUCUGGAUCAAAUUGGAUUCAUCGAAGAGUUUGACAAAUAUGAGACGCCACAUCGGUGGUGGGAGCAUCGUGACAGCCAGGGCCAUUUACAGGCGUCGUUCGCCAUUCAGUCAGAAUAUCGGGCUAGAAUAGUAACCUUAUCAUUUGAGAUCAGCUUUGGAUAUAAUCUUUUCUUUAUGGAAAGGCAAAAGGUGCUAGAGAUUCUUUAUGAUGGGAUUGAAGACAAAAGCAGACUCCAUCCCUCUACACGAGUCGUAGCUGUGAGAAGCAGUGAAAAGAAUGCAAUCAUUGUGAUAGAGAACGGAGAUGAGAUAAGCUGUGACUUUAUUGCCGGUGCCGACGGUGUCCGAAGCAUAGUGCGCCAUGAGAUAGAAAGCAGGUCCUUCCGUGAUGAAAGGAGGUUUCCAGCUUUCGACUAUAGCACAAGGUGGUCCUGCGUCUAUGGCAUAUCUUCUCCCAUGGCUGGUAUCGGACCAGGUCGUGCCUUUACCGUUUACAGCCAAGAUGCCUCAGUCAUGGUUUUCACUGGUCGUGACGAUGCCUGUUACUGGUUCAUUUUUGGAGAUCUCAAGCGAGCCAUUGAUUAUAACAGCCCUGAGGAGUUUACUGAAACGGACAAAAUGGAAAUAGCUGCAAAGGUUGCUGAUUACAUUGUCACAGAUGGUCUUAGAUUUGGCGAUAUUUUUGUUCAAAGACGCACCGCCAUUAUGAUGGCGUUAGAGGAAGGAGUGGCUGAUUCAUUUUUCUCUGGGCGUAUGUUUAUUUUAGGUGAUGCUGCACAUAAGAUGGUACCCCAAGGUGGAUGGGGGGUAAAUCAGGCUUUUGAAUCCGCUGCUGUCUUCAUCAACUACCUUCGUUCACUUCUUGCAAACACUACCAAUGGCUCAAUAACACCACCGAAGAUUUCUCUUUCUGAUGUGGAAGCUUGUCUACAGAAGUAUGCUACACGGCGCCAAGAGCGAGCUGCUGCCAUGGUCAGAAUGGCGAGUGAUCUUUGCCGCUUCCAAUUGAAGGUUGGAGCUGAUUCCAAGGAGCGCUGGGAUGCUCUUGGUAAAAUGAGCAAUGGAAUGAACCUGAAGAUGUUAUUAAAGAUAUUUAUGCAGGCGGAUAAGUUGGAAGAUUGGCAUUUUGGCAGUGAGCGAGUGGCAAGGUACGCCGAGUUUGCAGAGAAGCUGAGACGCAAAGAGGCUGGAGCCAAUAUCUGA